CCGACAUAAGAGACCAACACAUCAAGAGUUUCAGUCACUACAACAGCGUUCAGUCUUUAGAGUUGUUUCGCGAAAGGGGACAUAGAACUUCAAGAGAAUAGUUUAGAAAGUAAAAAGUCUUAUACGUCUUAUACGACUUUUGUUUAUUUUUGAGACUUAUUCUGCAUAGAGUCGGUGAUCUGCAAUUAAGUUAUGUGAUCCUAUAGAAGCCGAACAACACGUAAAAACACAGUUUGCAAACAAUUGAUACAGAAUUUAAAACAACAAUCCCGACUAUGACCAACCCGACCAUAACCUCGUUCGUGCGGCCCUACUUCGAGGGGGAAAAGUUCAGCUUCUGGGAGGAACGACUUGGCUAUACCUUUGCCGCGUUCGACGUUACCGAGGACAAGGUCAAGAAGGCCCACCUGGCGCUACUCGGCGGGUCGCUGCUGCACGAACGGCUCAAGUUGCUGUUUCCCCGGCAGGAGCUGGAUUCGGCCUCGUACGAAGAGGUGAUCACCAGGCUGACGACCCACUUUGACCGUCCGGACGAGUGGGGAGAGGUGGUUCAUCAUGCGCGGUUCCACAGCCUGGUUCAGCAGCCGGGACAGACGUUGAAGCAGUUUGUGCGGGUGGUUAAGCUGGAGGCUCAGUUUUGUACCUUUGGGAGUUAUGCGAGGGAGGCCAUCAGGGAUCGGAUUGUCGUUGGAGUUAGGAGUGACGAUUUGAGGAACCUGUUGCUCGCGGAUCAGCAUCUGACGUUGGAGUCCGCUGAGAGGAAGGUUGCCAUUUGGGCCAUGCUGAACAAAUCUUGAGGGUUUGAAAUUUGAAAUGAAUUAGUACAUGAUUUAAGUUAAUCCAAAGUUGCUAUCAAACUUUGAAAAAUUGAUUGAAAUUUAUUUUACAACUUGAAAUAAACAGUUGAAAAACAA